UCGUUCAGUGUGGUCUGUAGUCGUAGUGUUCAGUGCAGUUCAACAACAGUAACAGUUCACACAUCUGUGUUGAGUGCGAGUGUAGCUCUUAGCGCUUCUUCUGCCGGAUGUGAGUGAUACUAACUGUGCCUACUGGAUAUUAGAACAGGAUGACUAGCAUGAGGCACGUGACGACUAUGUCGACGACAAACCACGACAAUAACCUUGAUGCACUAUUGGAGGAGCUACAGACCAGUGUAUCACGACCAGGCUCGUCGCUGGGUCACACCAACGGACCAAUGACAGGCUACCGUGAGGUGACUAGAACUGUCACUACAGAGACAGACGGCCAUCCCACUGCCAAGACAUCUGAGUACCAGAUAGAGUAUCUCAACCCUUCCAACACCACCACUGUACUCAAGGAGGUUCCCCACACGGACCUCACGCUGCUUAAUAAUGUACCCAGUAGUAACCAUGGUGGUUAUAACAAAAAGAUUCAGUAUGAAUACAGGACAACAACAUCGGGUUCCUCAGUCCCAGAUGCAGCUUUGCCUGUGGCCGAUACUCGGAUGCGGCAGAACAUCACCGAGCUAGACUCUCUCUUGGACGACCUCCACACGGCCCAGAGAACUGGAUUUGCAGACAGUAGUGUGGCGAGACUUACUUCUGGUAUCGACCCUGGAUUAUUAGAACCUAUCGACUCGAGCACCCCCAAGACCAGCCUUGUAUCACACUCCGUGGAGGAGCACAGAUACGGCAGUGUAGGGGGCCGUACUAGCCCAGCGCGUGAUGUGCGACGAGAGCUUGUCUUCACUGGAGGCUCCAGACAGCGUGACCAGAACUCACCAACACUCCCCACCACCUCGGUGCCUGUAGCACGACAGGAGAUAUACCGAUAUGAAACCAAGACCACACGCUCCACCAGUGGUAACAGAGACUUGUCUCCUCCCCGGGACCGCAGACAGCCUUCUCCAUCGCCCGCUCGGCAACAGCUUCAGUCUGUGCGGACUUACAACUACAGCAGCUCCGAUGAUGUGCCUCGAACCCCCACCAUGCACAGAUCUCCAUCACCAGCUGGUGUUCGCAGCUCAUCGAGUACAACUGUGAGGCAACAACAGUACAACAGAGACUUUUCCCCCGAGGGCUCUAGGCAGCCUAUGAGGUCAAACUCCCCCUCGCCUAAGAAUCCCAGGACCACCAGCUCCAAGGUGACAUCGGUUAACAACUAUUCCUACAACUCCACAUCUAGAGACACCAGGUCCCAUGAAGUGCCUCGCAGCCCUCCUCCCCAUCGUUCCCCCUCCCCUGUGUCAUUCAACGCUCCUCCCAUCCCAUCACACAAGUCUACCUCCGUCAAGUCCUAUUAUGAGCAAUCGAACAACGCUCCUCCCUACGUUAGACCUCAGUCCCCUCAGCCAGUGCAGAAGUUCAGUCCCUCAGAUCCGAGUAGAACUUUGACGUACCAGGUAUCUCCUCCCCCCUCCUUCCCUCCACAACCCACAGUGAUAACUUACAAGUACUCGAGUCAGACGACACACUCCACUAAGUACCCAGGAGAAAUGUCCCCACCGAGAUAUCCUGCUGAAGAGAAUGCUCCACUACUACCUCGACCUUUCCCCACACCAUCUCCUACCCCUGAAACACAGCAGCAACCUCCUAAAAAACUAGAUGAUCUAAUGGCUUCCUUUGGUGAAACUGAGUACCAGCACCACCAUGAGACCAGCUCUCGCUACGUCCCUGUGAAGGAGCCGAUGGUACAGAAGGCUGAGGCUCCGCCCCCCGCUGCCCCGCAACCCCCUCCAACUCCCCCGCCGUCUGGACCCAACCACAACUCAGCUGCCAUGCAAGCUAAGUCUAAGAACAUCUCAGGGCCCCCAGUAUACUACCCUCCUGGUGUGGAACUGUUUUCUAAGAAAGAAGAAGCCAUGACUCAGUACCAGAGUGGAGGAGGAAAGUACAAAGCAAAAGCCAAGUAUGAGUAUGAGUCAAGCAGCAAAAUGAAGACGAAAGAAAGUUCUGGCAAAACUGUGGUCCCAGUGUGCCUUCCUGUUUGUUGUGCUAUGCCAUGUGUCAUCAUGUAAAAUAUUACUUUUGUAUUACUUAGCUUUAAAACAACUUAAUGUACAAUAUUUUAAAGAUCUAAUACAUGUAUAGCUUUCAUUCAAACGUAAUCAAUAACUUUUAUAUAAUAAGUAUUGUAAAGUGAGCUUGGAAAAUUAAUUUGUUUGUGCAAUAAAAUGCUUAAGUGUUACCCUUUGUAGAUAGCUUAAAAUAGAGCUCACUACAACCAAAAUUUGUUAUAUAAUGAAAACUUUUCAUAUCAUGCUCAAUGUAAAUAGUUGGAACUUUCAAAAUAACCUUUUAAGCAAAAGAUAGCUUGAAUAAAAAUGUCUUUAAUUUUGAAAUCAAAAUACAGCAAGAAAUGGCUUAAGUAGGUACUUCAGAGAGUUCAGUAGGUACAGUAAUAAUAGACUUAAGAAACGUUUUAAAACUUUUAUAUAUUUCCUUGUAAAUAAAAAAUAAUAAAUACAGCAGGAGCCUGUUGCAUUCAAACUUUUGGUUUGCCUAAUACAUUUUAAAAUUUCCCGACUAGUACUAUACAAGCUGUACUGUAAAGGUUAAAAUUAUACAAAUAACUUAACAUUCAUGCCCCUAAAGCUGCAAGUUGCUUAAUCAUGUUAAGUUCAAAUAACUUUACUGUAUGUAAAAAAUAUUGUCGAAUGAUAGCAUGAUUUUAGUAAUUUGUUUAUUGCAUGUAAAAUAACUUAUAGUUGACUAAUUAAAUAUUAAAUAUAUUUGUUUAGUCAUAGGUGUUAAGGAGUUUUAUGCUUCUAGUUCCAGAACCGUGGGUAACAACAACAUGUUAUCAAACUUGAAAAACAAAUGCCUUUACACAUUAAUAAUGUACUAAUAACCAUGUAAUGAUCGGUAUGAUAAUGAUUUAUAUUUAAUUUACUUUGUUUCAGUUAAAACAUCAAUGUUCAUUAAGAGUUAACUAAGUUUCAAGGUUAAGCCGAUUGACAUUUAAGAUCGACUCUGUAAUAUUGUAUUUAUAAGCCUAAUAAAUUGUGUAACAUUGUUUCA